AUAUGUGGAGGAGACGUUUACACAUUGACAUUCAAUUCAGACAAUACACUCUCUUGACUUUAAUUAGUUUAAUGUCUACCCUUUCGGUCUGGAACGUAAUUACAAGUUGUGAUUGAUGAAAGAAAGAAAAAAAGAAUAAUCUUUAAAAACAAUCUUAGGGAUGGACCGUCUUGAAAUUUAGUAUAAAUUGAGAACGUUGGAGAUGAGAUAUCAUCUUCCUUCCUGAUCGCAGAUAUAUCAAGUCUUCUGUUAUUUGUCAGAUAUAAUCUGAAAGAAUCAAUCAACCACAAUGGCCAAGGCUCUGUUCUUCGUUCUUGCUUGCGCCCUCAUCGUCGCCGCCCUCGCCGACUACGAAAUGAACGACGAUACCCUUGAGUUCUUUGAGACCGAGAAGAGGGGUAUGGGAAGGAACCUCAAGAAGUACAAGUACUGUCAACAGUACAACAUGGACUGCUGGUGUAACAGGCGCAACGACAAGGUCGUCUUCUGUAACGGAGCCGGAGACGGAAACGGAAUCUAAAGGCUUAACCACGAUACUCGAUUCCGAUAAUUUGACAUCAGGUAUACCUCCGAUACUUCAAACUGCAUCCCUUCUCCAACGACGUCAACUUCAUCACUCCACUCUUACGUCAACUUAAUUUAUGAUACAGAGAAAUGUUUCAAGAAGACACUCCAUAAAUAACUCUAUUUUCUCAAAUUCUUGUUAAUACUCAAUAAAUGCAUUUUUAAAUACA